AUGGCCACGGCGACAACCAUCGGCGGCAGAGGCUGGACGCGUCUCCACGCCCUCGGCCGCGGCGGGUCGGGGGCCGUGGUUUCCCUGGCCGCGGACGACGCUUCCAGGGAGCUCUUCGUCGUGAAGUCGGCCACGGGCGACAACGCCGCGCUACGGCGCGAGUGGCGCGUCAUGUCUGGGCUCUCCUCGCCGCACGUUAUCCGGUGCCUCGGCUUCCGCCGCGCGGUGGCUGCGGGCGGCGAGGACCAGCUGUUCCUCGAGUUCGCUCCCGGCGGGUCGCUUGCCGCGAUGGCGGGGCGCGACGGGGGCCGUGGCCUCAAGGAGGGCGCGGUCAGGGCGUACGCCGCCGACGUGCUCAGGGGGCUCGCUUACCUCCACGGGAGGGGCGUCUUGCACGGCGACGUCAAGGGGAGCAACGUCGUGGUCAGCGCAGACGGGCGGGCCAAGCUCGCGGAUUUCGGGUGCGCGACGACGGUGCGCGACUGGCCGUCGCGGGCAUUCGAAGGCACGCCUGCGUUCAUGGCCCCUGAGGUAGCGCGCGGGGAGGCGCAGGGCCCCGCAGCAGAUGUGUGGGCGCUCGGGUGCACCGUCGUCGAGAUCGCCACGGGUCGCGCCCCGUGGCGUGACGCGGACAACGUGCUCGCAGCUGUGCGCACGAUCGGGUACACGGACGCCGUGCCGGAGGUGGCGCCAUCGAUGUCACCAGAGUCGAAGGACUUCCUGGACAAGUGCUUCAGAAGGCACGCCGCCGACCGGUGGACGGCGGCGCAGCUGCUAGAGCACCCGUUCGUGGCAACGCCAUGCGCACUGAAGAAGCAGGAGGAGGAGAAGGCCACAUGGGUGUCUCCGACGAGCGCGCUUGAUGCGGCAUUGUGGGAAUCAGAAUCAGAGUCUGACAACGAGGCGUUUGACAUGCUGAACGGCCCGGUCGCCAGGAUCAAGGCGAUGGCAAGCUCUCGCUCAUCGUUGCCAGAUUGGGACUCUGAGAAUGGCUGGAUCAAAGUCAAUGGCGUCAGUGUUAGCAUUGUUCACGACAGAGCAGCAGCUGAUGACGAGUCUUUAGCGUGUCUGGACAACCGGGUCAGGGCAUUGGCGUGCCCGCCAUUGUCUGUGCCGGAUUGGGACUUUGACGAAGGCUGGAUCGAAGCCUGCAGGACAUCGUCGGCCCAUGAGAGGAGCGGUACGGUGGGGGCAUUACAUCCGAAGAUUUUGGAGUAG